AUGAGCAGAGCACUUUUUCGCUCCGUUCUGGAGCUUCGAGCGCCAACAUCGGCGUCUCGAUUUGCACCAACAUUCGCCCUACCCAUCCGCAGCCGGGCCUUCAACAGCACACCACCGAUCAUCGAGCCCAAGAACCAACAACACGUCAACAAUGCUCCCAACCCGACAGACGAUCAAGUCCGGCCUCUGGCCUUCAAGAAGAGCCAUCCUUCAGCUCCGCCGGCCCCUAUCCAAGAUUCAGUGAAGAAUCUGCUGCCGUUUCUCGUCGCCCAACCUGGCCACUACAUCACCGUCCACAUCCACGGCUUCCCCUAUCUCGUCCAAGAGGGCGACCAGAUCCGUCUUCCCUUUCGCAUGCCCGGCGUGCUGCCCGGCGACGUACUGCGUCUUAACAGAGCCAGCAUCAUUGGCAGUCGCGACUACACAAUGAAGGGGGCGCCGCACAUUGACGAGCGGGUAUUCGAGUGUCGAGCAACCGUUUUGGGGGUGGAAUCAGAGCCGAUGCGUAUAAAGAUUAAGAAGAAGCGAAGACAGAGGAGAAAGAGACAGGCCAAGAGCAAGCACCGGUACACGAUUUUGCGCAUUUCUGAGCUCAACAUUAAGAAUUUGGAAGACGUCGAGUAG